AUGGUGGAGGUACAACUGGAAGACUACGACUACCCAUGGCAGCUGCUGGUGGCCUUCAGUGCCUGCACGACGGUGCUGGUGGCCGUCCAUCUCUUCGCUCUGAUGGUCAGCACUUGCAUCUUGCCCAACAUCGAAGCCGUCAGUAACAUCCACAACCUCAACUCGGUCAACGAGUCCCCCCACGAACGCAUGCAUCACUACAUUGAGCUGGCCUGGGGCUUCUCCACGGCUUUGGGGAUCUUCCUCUUCCUUACCGAAGUGGUGGUGAUCUGCUGGGUCAAGUUUAUGCCUGUCGGCAACAUGGGGACGAGCAGGAAGUGCUGCGCUCCAGAGCAGCUGCAGGACGGGAACGCCACGGCCCCUGCAGACAGCUCUGGCUGGAACGCUGCCAUGGCCUCCACGGUGAUUAUGGUUCCCGUCGGCAUCGUGUUCAUCAUCUUUGCUUUGCAUUUCUACCGCUCCUUGGUGGGGCACAAAACCGAUCGGCACCAGCAAGAGCUGGAGGAACUUAACCAGAUCAAAUAUCAGUUGGACGGAGAAGCCACGGCUCUGCAAGUGGUGUGA